CACGUUGCCCUGCCUUAACCAAGGGAAGCACUCUAGGAUCACCAAGUGAGCUUACAAAACUGUAGAGGUGAGUAGAGCCUGUCGGAGAGGAGGAAGAAUAAAGCAAAGGACAAAAAGUAAAGCAAAGUAGCAGGACACGACAUCAACACCAGAGAAACAAAGACAAGAAACUGCAGGAGAAGGAAGAACAAGGAGAAAGCAACUAAAGUCAAUAAAAGGACGGUACCAGCAAAGGACUUUGAAUUUUCUUUUUUGUUCCUUUUCCUUUCUUCUUUCUCUUCUGCUUUACGGAACAAAAUGGGACAGCAGUUCACCAAUGCUGAAGGGGAACAAGCAGAAAUUGAUGUUGCUGAAUUGCAGGAAUGGUACAAGAAAUUUGUGGUGGAAUGUCCCAGUGGGACCCUCUUCAUGCAUGAAUUCAAGCGCUUCUUUGGAGUCCAGGACAAUCACGAAGCUGCCGAGUAUAUUGAAAACAUGUUCAGAGCUUUUGAUAAAAAUGGGGAUAACACCAUUGACUUUCUAGAAUAUGUGGCUGCUUUAAACCUUGUUCUACGAGGAAAACUGGAACAUAAGCUGAGGUGGACAUUCAAAGUAUAUGACAAGGACGGGAACGGCUGCAUAGAUAAACCUGAGCUACUAGAAAUUGUUGAGUCUAUCUACAAGCUGAAGAAAGUGUGUCGGUCUGAAGUGGAGGAGAGGACUCCAUUGCUCACACCAGAGGAGGUUGUGGACAGGAUAUUUCAGUUAGUGGAUGAGAAUGGGGAUGGGCAGUUGUCUCUUGAUGAAUUCAUUGAUGGAGCCAGGAAAGACAAGUGGGUGAUGAAGAUGUUGCAAAUGGAUGUAAACCCUGGGGGAUGGAUCUCGGAGCAGAGGAGGAGGAGUGUUUUGUAUUAAGAGAGUUCAAUUUUGAUAUGACUGAAAAUGUGAUGCUGACGACAGCUGUGGCUCUUUUACUCCGGGGAGUGGUGGCUUUCACUUUUAAUACAGUCUCAGCAUCCAGGUGAAGACUUCCAGAAGUUUGAGGGCAUAUCUGAAUCUAAAGCCUGCAUGCUGCAUACAGCAAGGACUGCUGGUACCCAGAGACAUUGUUGGUCCAUUAAUAAGUCCUUUUGUGUACACAAUACCCUGUUUGCCAGCUCUGGUUUUUGGUUACGCCCUAAGGAACAAACUUUUUGUGGCUUCCUGCAGUGGUUCUCUGGGAGUGUUUCUUAGUCUGGUGACAGAAGGGAUCAGGCAGGGAGAAUUCCUGAUGUUGUGGUACAACUUUCAGUGCAGGUUAGUGUGUCUCUGCCUCUGUUGUUACUGCCCACAGAGAUGUGAACAUAUCAAACAAAAACAACAACAAAAGAGGUACUCUGAUGGUGGAUGCUAUACGUUCAGGAAAUCUGUUACAAUUCAUAGUGAGUGCAUACAAUUGGUUCUAAUAGAUUAUAUUACUUCUAACAAAAUUAAUGAAUGCCAACAUAUCACUGCCAGAAAUAAAGAUUAUAAGAGGUAGCCAAGUCUGUGUACAAAGUUGAGGAAAACAUUGUACAGGCUGGGCAGGUGCAGUAUUCACUUUGCAUCUCCCUCCUGUGGACCACACUUUGCUGCUCGCACCAGUUUGUGAGGUUCUGGGGGGCUGGGAAAGGGGUAUUUCCAAACACUGCAGCAGUAAAAAUUGUACCUCUUCCCAGCAGCCAGUUUAGCACAACUGUGGUUCUGCCUCUUUCUGAGCCCCUGUUUCUUACUGAAUCAUUGUUUUAGGACAGUUUUCUCUGCCCCAUAGAGCUAGUCUGAGCUCACUCAGUCUUUGGGACUUUCGCUGCAUUGGAAGAAGUUGGGUGCGAUGAGAGGCAAAGGGAAAGCAGAAUUUUGCAUGGGAAUUGUUGCUCUGGUUGGACUGGUUUAGCCCUGGUUUAUCAGCAGGACCAGCAGAAUGGUGCAGGUGACACAAAUUCGGUUGAGUAAUAUAACAGUACAGUGGUUUUACACUGUGCUUACUGAUCCAGCCGCAGACUACAGAUAUAAUGUGCACAGCCUGUAGGAUGAGCUUUGCUAUUCUUACGACUAACUCAUGUAUGUGUGUGUAUGUAUAUAUGUGUGUGGAAAGAGAAUUUGAAUUGAACCAAAGCAUUGGUUCAACCUUAUUGGAUUUAUUGAUUGUUUUUUUGCAAGGAAAAUCUCACCAGGAAAAUGAAUUUUCCCACAAGGAAAUUGGUCAAAUUCCAUACACGGAGAAAUUUGCAAUUCCUUUUCCUUUUUGUUUUUUUAUUUUUUGGCCUUUAAGUAUGAUGGUGGUAUUCUUCAUUAGCUUACCAGUUUGCAGCCUUGUCAAUUUACCUGACUUUUAAAUUCAGGAACAUGAGGAUGUAGUCAGAAAAAGACAAUCAGUGCUAGAGUUCUAAUGUUUAUCAGCCAAAGAUCUGAAAGAAUCUGGCUUCUAACUUCCAUGAGGACCCUGAAGGAAAGGUUUGCAUUGCUGAAAGUCAUGGACAAAUGUUCAUGAGAAGUUAUCUUUUUAAUUCCUCAAAUUCUGGGAUAUCAACCACCAUAACCCAUUUUGCUUUUGCUUCUCUCUCAAUUCUUAAUUUGUAAGGACAUGUUUACUUAAGUAAAACUGCACUAUGUACCUAUAAAUGCUUUAAACUUUCUUAUUCCAUUCACCUAGCAAGAUCAGACACCUAAGGAGUGAUUUGGCAUCCCCCCACAAGCAGUCCUCUGCCGGGGUGGUACAGGGCAUCCCAGCA